AUGACCUUCAACCCGGUCGAGCACCUAGACGGAUAUGGCCUCUCCCUGGGGAUAUGUGGGCCAUAUGAACCAUCUAUUGCGUCUUCCGCGUCGUCAUCCCAAGUCUCCGUCUUCUCAGACACUCUCUCGGCGCAGAGCUCCAUCGCAAGUUCGAUUUCAGACGACUUCCGAUGUGCGCGGACGGAAGAUGCCAGAGAACGCGACACACUUUGUGCGCAGGCGCAGCUGCAAUACCAAACCCAGAUUGCAGGCGUACAAGGCGAAAAACGUUCGGUGCUUGACAACAUACUAAAGCCCAACGUCCCAUGUCCGACCUACGCAGCUGUCACUUCGGUUCCAGCACCGCAGCGUCAGCAUCCUCGAAGAUGCUCAAACUCAAAGGCUCAAAAACCUCCACCACUUGUACGGCAGCGUGAUCGCAAGAUCAACUUUGUCGACAACCUUGUCGACUCUGCGACCCAAAUGGUAGAGGUCAUCUGGCCCUUGUCGAGCAUCUUCUGCCAGAGCGAAGGUGGUGAACGCGGAGUUCUUCCGAUGCGCAAGUACAUCGAGGAGACUCUGAAAAGAUCCAGGACAAGUUACUCGACGCUCCAAGUCGCGCUCUACUACUUGAUCCUGAUCAGGCCACAUGUGCCCAGAACUGACUUCACGAUGGAGCAGAGCAUCGACUGCCCUGCUGCUCGUGUUCUCAUGUGUGGACGCCGCAUGUUUCUUGCAGCUCUCAUCUUGGCGUCGAAGUAUUUGCAGGACCGCAACUACUCUGCCAAGGCAUGGAGCAAGAUGUCAGGUCUUAGCGUCUGCGAAAUCAACCAAAACGAACGGAGCUUCCUCGCCAAGAUCGACUGGAAUCUGCAUCUUCCUAAACCUCUCUUCGAGAAAUGGCAAGACAUUGUGCUUCGGUACACCCCUAACCCUCCGACCGUUUUCUGUGCGGGCGUUGAGUCGGGAAGCUCCACCUGGAAGCGCAUCGUUCCGUUGUUAACACCACAGCUCGACAAUAUGCCGACCAUCGAAAACAAGAUCAACUCCGCGAUCAAGCUUUCGCCCUGCAGUGGCUUCGCGUCUCUAAUGCCAGCCAUGCCGGCAACACCAGCACCACAUAGCAGCAUGUUCAGUCUUGCACCAAUGGAAUCGACGUCAAAUGAGAACACACCCACACCGUCGACCAUCUUGCCCCGAUUUCUGGAACCUACUCCAGAAUUGGGACCUCCUACACCAGCAUUGGUGAGGAUGGGUCCGCUUCCGACGCCAAACAUGACUCCGUCUUCGAUCGCAUCAAACACUCCUGCAGUGAGCGUUUUGGGUGGUCGAAUGCCGGCCAUGUCCUCGGCGAUGGUAUACGCGGAUCAGAUGAACUCCAGCAGGUGCAGCAUGGACUUCCAGCCGAUGCACCCUGCUAUUGACUCUCGCUACCCGCUGAGCAGAAGACCGUCGAUGAUGAGUGUUACCUCAUAUGGCUCGAGCCCCGAGUCAAUGGUUUCUGACAGGUCAUCCCGAUCAUCAAGCAUCUCGUCGGUGUCAACAACUUCGUCAAUGGCGCCCCAGCGAGCCUGUUUGGCUCGCCAGGCGACGUGUCGCAAUGCAAGACUACCACCCCUCAAGCUUUUGAGAGAGGAGAUGAAUGUUGGAACUUCUCUCAAGCCAAUUAUCGUUGACGACGAUAUGGAUCUGGUUGAAAGCCCGGAGAUCAACGACUUCUCCAUCAGUGAUAAGGUGCUUCACACACCUCAUCGUCAUAGCAGAUCCGCCAAACAUGCCCCCGCCGCCACUUCUGUUCCUCAUCACCAUACCGAGAAGAGCAGUAAGAAGCGCGGACGACCCAUCUCCCAUGGUCACAGACGCUCAGAACUUCAAGAAGAAGUUCGAUAUCUGUUGGAAGAGUCGCUUGAUGACGAGAGCAUGGAUCUUGAUGAGGUGAACGUCUCGCCAUCUUAUGCAGCAGAGUAUGCAUCUGAUCUGCUUGUCCGCAGCAGGAACACGCGGCAGGCGCGAGAUGCGAGAGUCGCAUUYGAGAAGAAUGAAGGCAAAAAGCGGACAUGCUGUUCCGCCGAGGCCAUGUCCGUCUCACCUGUAUCAAUGUAUGGCGAGAUUGUAUAG